AUGGAGAUCUUUCAAGAAUUGGACAAAAAAUCCGAUACUCUUUGUCAUUUCAUAACAAGAUUUCAUGAUACCGUAGAGUAUUUUUUGCCUCUACCAAUAAAUCUAUCAAAAUUUCAUAAUUUAAGGACAUUAAAGAUUGAUGAAGCUUUCAUAUUUGAACCUAAAUUUGAAAAGAAUGGUUUUCAAAAACUUGAAAACUUGCAAAUGAACUAUAUUGACAUCAACAUAAUCACUCGUAUGAUUAAAAACAGCGGUGGGAAUCUCAGGAAGAUUUUAAUGAAUGAUUUCAACUCUAAUAAUUAUUAUGAAGAAACUCUCGUACUUAUUCGUACCAUUUAUGAAAAUUGUCCUUUGGUUGAAUGUUUAUCAAUUUAUUUUACAUCAUCAGGAGAUCAUUUGGUUGAAUUUGAAAAUUUACUAAAAGCUUGUCCAAAAUUGAAAGUUUUAUUAUUAGAGGUUCAUGAAUAUGUAAAUGACAUAAAUAAAGAUGAAGACAAGCCAUAUGAAGAAGAGAGGUACGCGAGCAGCGAGAAAUUAUCAAAUGUGUUACUUCGGGCUGCAUCAAUCAAUCUGAGAGAAAUUGGAUUCUUUCAUUAUCCUAAAUUUUCACCCAAAAUUCUAGGGGAGUUUCUAGAGAAGUGGAGAGAAGAUGGUGUGAUCGAAGUCUUUAAGCAUAUUUCUAGAAGGGAAGUUACAUUUUAA